AUGGCGCUUUCCAAGCGGCCCCUUACAAAGGACACGCCGUUGUCCGAAAGCAACGGCAACCACAGCAAUGGCAAUGAUCACGAGACCUCCAUCAAGCGGCGCAAGCGUUGCAGUCGCGACGAGGACUCCAGCCUGAUCAACAACAACAAUAAUAAUAACAACAAUAACAACAGCAAUAGCAACAACAACAACUUGCCGCAGAAGAAGCGCAAGCAGGCGGGCCAGGGCCACAUUGCAGACAGUCCGGAGAGCCCCACCUGCGGCUCCCUGCCCACGCCACUGGCCGCCAAAAGCAACACGGAUGCGGACCAGGACGAUGAGACCCUCAUCCGCGAAACACAGGCGGCGCUGAAAAGCCUCUCGGGCAGUUGGCCCGACUCAAGGGGGAAUUUGUAUCGGCUGCAGGAACAGGACGAGAAUCCACCGCCCUUCCAGAAUCUGUUCGAGGAGAAGCAAAAGUAUGAAGCCAUCGGCAAUCCCAGCCAUGCCAUACCCAUGCAAGCCAGCUCAACAAAUCCAAAUCCCACACUCUUCUCACGUUUCCACAGACAAAAAGAGAACGACCAGGCGCGCCUAAACGCAGCCAGUGGCGGUGGUGGUGUCGUCCAUCUGGAGGCACAGGCGCGCGGCAAAAAGUUGCCCGAUGAGGAUCAGGAUCCGGAACUGGAGGAUACCUCCUCCUCCGCCUCGGGACAAGGCGUUUACGCCCAAGCGGCGUCGGCCUUCAAGCCGCCCAUCGAUAUCAUCAAACGGAAUUAUGUGGCCGCCGCACAUGCCCAUUAUAGUGCCUAUAAUGCGGCCGCUGCAGCGGAAUCUGCCGCCGGAUUGGCCUACUACGGCUACGCCGCUGCCGCCGCCGCUAGUCAACAGCAACAGCAGCAGCAACAACAACAUCAGCAGCACCAGCAACAGCAGCAACAACAACUGAGUACCGCCUUCGAUAUUGCCAGUCAGCUGGGCGAGAAGCCGCGGCCCAAGGAACCGAUGGCCGAUGGCAAGCAGUACACGAUCCUCCAGCCGGCGGGCAUCGGCAGUCGGGCUGCUUCUGUAAUGCAGGACAUUGCAUCGCGUGAGGGCGUUGUGGGCGUUCCGCUCGUGGCAACACCGCCAUCAACGGCGGCCGGCAGUCCGGCGGCAGCGGUACCAACGGCAGGACCGUCGACUCCUUCGACACCGGCACCUAGUUAUUCGCCGGGCAGCCAGAAUCGCGCCGAUCUGGACAAGCAUGAGAAGGAGCUGCAUCCACUGGACAAACUGAAGCUGGCCUCCAAUCACUAUCUGAACAACAAUAACAGCAACUGCAUCAACAAUAACAGCACAAAACUGAGCGGCUCCACAACGAUGCCGAUUAUCAAAUCGGAAUACAGUCCUGUUGCCAGCAUCAAAUCGGAGUAUAACAAGAGCCCCAUGCACUCAUAUCUCUCGGGGGAAGCGGCCGCGCCCGCCCCCGCCGCCCCUUCAUCAGCAUCCGCCGCCCAAGCGCCGCGUUCCGGAUCGGCAAGCGGUACAGCAGCUUCCAAUGGAGAGAACAACCUGCAUGCACCGCACCUAAGUCGCUUUGUGGGUCUCCAGAGUCCGCCACAUCAGCCACAUCUCAAUCCCCACGGGCAUCACCAGCAGCAACAGCAACAACAGCAGCAGCAACAACAGCAGCAACAGCAACACACGUUGCACCAGCAGAGAGGACCCUUCAUAGAGGGCAACGAUGUCCCCGAUCCUUCAGCCAAUUAUCACUCGGAACACCAGCAACAGCAGCAGCAGCAACAACAGCAGCAGCAGCAGCAGGCCGACGAGCGACAGCAGCAAUAUGAACAAAUGCGGUAUGCCCAAAGUCAUGUCAGCGUGGGUCCAAGCGGAGAAUUGAUGGCGCCCAACGGAGGAGAACUAUCGCCGGGCACGGCGAGAAGCGCCUACGAAGCGCAUCCCGGGCACCCGCAUCCGCAUCCCGGACAUCCACAUCCACAUCCGCCCGUCUCGCUGAGCUCCCUCAGCUCUCCAGCUUUUACGGUAGAUGCUGUGACGGCAGCCAGUGGAGCGGGCUUCGAACGGUACGAUCCCAGCGGCGUCUGUUGUCCCAGCAACGGUCAAAGGGCCAGCGCGGCAACAGCGGCGACGGCGGCGGGCGCUUCUGCGGCGGCGGCUGCCUAUCACUAUCUGCCCCAAACCACCGACGAGAUGCAGGCCCAGCAGCAGAAGUAUCUGCAGGAGCAGCAACUGAUGCUGGCCAAGGCGGAGCACGAGGAGUUGGCCAACGGCGGACAGCCUCUGUAUCCGCGGCCCAUGUACCACUAUGAUCCCACGAUGGGCCCUCUGCCGCCGGGCUUCUCGGCCAUUAAUCUGUCGGUCAAGAUGGCCGCUGCUCAGGCAGCAGCUGCAGCAGCAGCCUAUCAAAAUCAGCAACAACAGCAGCAGCAACAGCAGCAGCAGCAGCAACACCACCAGCAACAGCAGCAACAACAGCAGCAGCAACAGCAGCACGGCAAACAGAGCAGCUCACCCGCACCCAAUGUGAGCGGAGUGCCGGCGGUGGAUCUCAGUGGUUCCACCUCGGUGACGAGCAGCAGUCCGCACGGUUUCAACUCGCCAGCCUCACACAACCAGUAUACCGCCCAGCGGAUGGGCAACGGCAGUCCGCAGCCUGGAGCUAGUCCAAACAUAGCUAGUCCCCAGGUGCCCAGUCCCCAGGGACAGACCUUGGACCUCAGCGUCACCCGAUUACCCCACAGCAUUAUCACGAGCCCGCAGUACGGCGCCGAUGGCCUGGUGGUGGGUCAUGCCCAGGGCUUUGUAAGUGGAGCGACAGGACCUCUCGGCCCGGGCAAUGGUGGACCACCGCGAUCGCCGCAAAUGGAACCGGUGGACUUCAGCGGACCUCCAAGACCCUUGGGCUUUGGUCUGGUGGGACACAUCAGCGGUCCACGACCGUACAGCCGCGAAUCCACGCCAGACAGCGGCGGAUCUCACUAUAUCGAAACGUAUCGGGAUCCCAGUGGUUACUCACCGCACCCUGGCUACGGGAUGGUGGUGCAAUCGGACUAUCCGCCUGCUGGCUACCACGGUUACGGUCCGGCUGCCUAUCAGUGCAGUAAUCCGUACGCCACGGCCGUGGGCCCCGGUGGCUAUCCCACGCCCGUUUCCGGCGGAUACUCGCCCAGUCCGGCCACCUGCUACUCGAUGCCACCGCCACAACACAUCCCGCAGCACGACAAGUCCAAGGACGGAUUGACGGGCUGCUCGCGCUCGGACCGCAACCAUCUACAGUCGCACUCGCAGGAGCUCAAGUGCCCCACGCCGGGAUGCGAUGGCUCUGGCCACGUGACGGGCAACUACUCCUCACACCGCAGCCUCUCCGGCUGUCCAAGGGCCAACAAACCGAAGAGCAAGCCCCGCGAUGGCCAGGACUCGGAACCCCUGCGUUGUCCCAUUCCGGGAUGCGAUGGAUCCGGCCAUUCCACCGGCAAGUUCCUCUCCCACAGAAGUGCUUCGGGCUGUCCGAUUGCCAAUCGGAACAAGAUGCGAGUCCUGGAAGCCGGUGGUACUGUGGAGCAGCACAAGGCUGCUGUGGCUGCUGCCACGGCCAUGAAGUUCGAUGCCUGCACCACGGUGGGAAGCCAGGGCAUUAAGAAGCCCAAGUUCGAUGAGGUCACCAUGGUCUAUCCAAAGGGUUAUACAGGCGGCAGCGGACUGGACAUUGUCAUGGGCGGCGUGGGAAGCAGUGUCGGCGUGGGACUGGGUCUCAAUGUGGGCAUCGGGGUCACCAGCAGCAGUAGCGCCGGCGGAAACAACAACACCAGCGGCAAUAGCAACACCGGCGGAGCCGAGAAGAAUCCAUCUGGUGGGGGUCCCUCAUCGGGCGCCAAUGGCAGCGAUGAUCUCAACACGCUGGAGGCCGAGAUUUCGGAGCUGCAGCGGGAGAAUGCACGCGUAGAAUCGCAAAUGAUGCGACUGAAGUCGGACAUCAAUGCCAUGGAGUCGCAGCUGAGCACCAGCGAUCGGGAGGCUUCUCCAUUGAGCGGUCAUCAGCAGCAACAACAGCGUUCCUCGGUGGCUUUGGCCUCGCCCAGCGGGCAAUCGCCAUUCGCCAGUGUCAGUUCCACCAGUGGUGCCAGCUCCUCGGUCAGUGGCGCCACCACCAACAGCAGCAACAAUAGCAGCAACUCUGGCGGUGGCACCACCAAUGCCCACGAUCUGAACCACUCGAUCAGCAACUUGGCACCCAGCUCAGGCAGCAAUCCCAACCAGCCUAUUGAGGGCGUAGGAGCACCACCCAAUGCCAAUCUGAACAACUAUUACGAGAGCCUAAGGAACAAUGUGAUCACGCUGCUGGAGCACGUGCGUCUGCCACCACCACCGCCACCGCCUGGUGCGGCCACGCCCAGUUCGUCGGCAUCAUCGGUGGUUCAUGGACUGGAUAAUGUGUGUGGUGCCGGUGGCCAGUUGGUGGCCGGAGGAUCGCUGGUGGGUGGGGAGCAUGCGACAGCGUACUCCACACUUCUGCCGCCGCCACCGCCACCGUCGUCGGGCGGUGCCGCUACCGGCGGUGGAAUGUACGGUGGUGGUGCGAAUGGAGCUACUGGUCUCCAUCAGGGCUCCAUCACUGGCUCCAGCAAUGGUGGAGGACUAGGAUCUAGCGGAGCCGUGGGACCACCCCCAGUUCCACCGCAUCAUCAUCCCUACACGGUGCAUCAUCCCGUUAGCUACGCCCACCCACAUGGCCAUCCGCAUGCACAUCCACAUCCGCACGAGCACUUCGACUCGUAUAUCUCCAAACUGCAGUCGCUAUGCGUGCCCCCCGAUGUUUAUGCCCUGCCCGAAGAUGCGGACCGGCCCGUCUACAACUCAGUGAAGCCCACCAUGCACCAGGACUACGGCAAACUGAUGCCGACGCCCAUCUAAGAACUCUGAGAAUCAAAAGCCCAGUACAGGUGACCCCAGCAUAGAGCCACAUCCCGUCCAGGGCUCAAACACGUGUAAAUACUUAGGCACAAGCAGUGAAAAGUAGGAAGUAAGUGGGAAGUAAAAGCUGACGUUAUCCAUAGGCCUGACUUCAAGGCAGACUAUACAAAUUAAAAAAUUAAAAUUGGGACAGAGUGUCGGGGUCACCCGUACAUACUCGAUGCCCAUUAGUAGAUACAUAAAGCUAGUUCUUAGGGAUAGAAACCUAGCCAUUUAGUUGGUUGGGACAAUGCUAGUUCCAGUCUUAGUAAUUAGAACUGUUCCACAUCCUAGAUCCUAGACGCUUUCGUCGUGUGUUGAUAGCAAUGAUGUAUAAAACAAGAAUGCAAACCGAACUUAAGUGUGUAAUUCGAUUAUAAAUUGCAAUUUUUUUUGUCUGUAUCAAAUACUACAACUAGAAGUUAUAGAAAUCGAUAUAUUAUAUAUAUAAUUAUAUGAAAUAACAAACCCCAAAUAUAUGUUUAAAUCUAGGGCAUUUGUUUGCUGUUGAUGUCUGGUCAAUUUUUUGCAUACGGAUCGCGAGAUGUUCGUCACUACCUAAUAGACCCUCCCCCAGUUCCACGUAGUGCCCCUCUAGCCCAUAUCCGCGCAGGCUAAGUUAAGUUUAGUGGCAAAGUCGAAC